AUGGCUUUCCUCAAGUCCCUAGCUCUUCUUGCUUUGCUUGUUUCUGCCUUUGCACUUAUAGCUGAAAGCCGAGUUGCAAGGAAGGACUUAGCUUUGGACUCAGGCGGAGGCGUAGGACUUGGAACUGGCAUAGGGCUGGGAGGUGGUACAGGGACUGGUUCUGGGUUGGGCGGAGUUUCAGUUUCUGGGUCUGGCUCUGGGUCUGGUUCUGGCCUUGGGCUUGGUUCCUACUCUGGUUCAAGGUCUAUCUCGACAUCUGGCAGUGAUCAAGGAGUUGGAGUGGGUUCUGGUUCAGGGUAUGGACAUGGUAGUGAGAAUGGAAACUGA